UUUCACUGUCUUUGAAAUGCAUUUCUCCCAUUUUCUAGUCCAGAGCGUGGUAGCCGGUGCAGUUCUCGCAAAGCCACUUGUGAUUGACACUAAGAAACACCUCACUUACUAUGGUAUUACUUCUUCGCCUGGUAUCGAAACUUUCCUUGGAAUACGAUAUGGAAAGGAUACUAGUGGUCAAAAUCGCUUCGCGCCACCGCAGCCGUUUAAUGCACCUAGUGGCUAUAUAUUUAAUGCCGCAGGGGCUGGUUAUUCGUGCCCCCAGACUUCAGAAGCAGGGUUCUUGUACGACAUUCCUGUGCUGGAUAUCUCAGAAGACUGUUUAAAUUUACAAGUAGCAAGACCUGUUGGAAGUGGAACAAAACUACCGGUUAUGGUAUAUAUCUAUGGAGGUAAUCUUCAUCUAACCCCAAGUCAGCGAAAAUUGAAACUAAUAUAUCAGGUGGACUGAAUGCUGGGACGACUUAUGCUCGAACCACGAAACCUGAUGGCCUUGUUACUAAAUCUGUGGAGAACGGGUCUCCAGUUAUUUAUGUUGGCAUGAACUAUCGACUUAAUAGUAAGGUCGGAAUCUUUCUAACCAACAAGAGUUUAAUUGACGAAAGGCAAACAGUCUUUGGAUUCGCGACUUCAGAAUUUCUGAGAGGAGGCAAAUCUUUAAAUGUAGGCUUGAAGGAUCAAAGAUUGGCACUUGAAUGGGUAAAGGAGAACAUCGAAGUCUUUGGUGGUGAUCCAAGCAAGGUCACUAUCUUUGGUCAAUCUUCAGGAGGUAAGCUUGGAACGUAUUUGGGAGCCUGAUAGCGACACUAUCUAGUUUGCAGAGCUCAGUGUAAAACUUCCGUCAAAGGGGUGAGUAAAGCUAACAGCUUUAGGUCUUAGUGUAGGAAUGCAAGUUCUUGCGUAUGGAAACUCGAAAUCAAGCCCCUUCACUUCAGCAAUAAUGCAAUCCACGGCUCUUGAACCAGGGGCGAGUACCAACAUAUCUUUCGACGCAACAGCCGCUAUUGCCAUUUCGGCAUCUUGUAACUGUACAGACGCACACUCCACUUCCCCCGACCUGAUAGCUUGCCUUAAGGCGUUGCCCAUGGAGGUGCUGCUUAACUACACGCUAGACUAUCUCACUUUAAUGAAUGGCGGAGACAUCUUCCUACCGACAGUAGAUCAAGACUUUCUUCCAGAGCUGGCAAACACACUUGUCAGAGAGGGAAAAUUUCCCAAAAUCCCUCUCAUGGCAGGAUGGGUGGAAGAUGAUGCAACUUUGUUCACAGAGUUCAGCGUUCAAACUCCCAACGACACACAAGCCUACAUUAGAACCAUCUUUCCCUUCUUACAUGAAACAACUUUAUUGAAUCUGCUCUCCCUUUACCCUGUCUCGGAAUUUCCCGCAAACCCAGAUGCCUCUCUCUCAGCCGAAUUUUACCGUACCGCCCAAAUAUUCCGAGAUGUCCUCUUCGUUUGCCCGGCAGUAUUCAUGCUCUCCGCUAUGGCCAAGAAAUACCCCAAAGAUUCUCCACCCCUAUAUCUGUGCAACCAGAAUCAGACACUUCUAACAUCCUACCUCGAGGCAGAGGGUGUGCCUGGGUUAGGAGUUAUUCAUACGAGUGAAUUAUCCUAUCUCUUCGGCAAUAUUUCGAUUUUCAACUUGACGGAUUAUACACCUCCUUUGGAGAAUUAUACGUUCGCUCCUACAGAAGAGGAUUAUUUGCUGGAGAAAAGAAUUCCGGGUUCUUGGAGUGCUUUUGCGACAUGGAAUGACCCAAGAAAGGGAGUGAAUUCUAUGCGUGGCUGGACUACUGCAUUUCCAGGUCACGAAAAGGGUGGUGACGUCUUCAAAAUUGAGAACGGGAAUGGUGUUAUGGUGGGGGGCGAAGAUGAGAGGUUGGAUGAGAGAUGCGGCUUUCUGAAUAGCGAGGAGGUGGUUAUGCAACUUAUGUAC